CAAUAGAGAACCCUCGGUCUCGUGAGCCAUUCAUAUAAAUUAUAAAACGUUGUCAUUAGCGGUUUCGCGGAAACCCUAGCUACCACACAAGCUUACAGAGCUAGAAUACAUUCACACAGGGAGUAGCAGCUUCAGCUUCUCAGUUUCGCAACGAUGGCUGAUGUGGAUGCAGAGGUAGCGCCAACUGGAGUACCAAAGAAGAGGACGUUCAAGAAGUUCAGUUUCAGAGGCGUGGAUCUCGAUGCACUCUUGGACAUGUCCACCGAUGAACUCGUUAAGCUCUUCACUGCUCGUGCUCGCAGAAGGUUUCAGCGCGGUUUGACCCGCAAGCCUAUGGCGCUCAUCAAGAAGCUGCGUAAGGCGAAACGUGAGGCCCCAGCCGGUGAGAAGCCAGAGCCUGUGAGGACUCACCUCCGCAACAUGAUCAUUGUUCCUGAGAUGAUUGGUAGCAUCAUUGGUGUUUACAAUGGAAAGACAUUCAACCAAGUUGAAAUCAAACCAGAAAUGAUUGGGCACUAUCUAGCUGAGUUCUCAAUCUCAUACAAGCCUGUUAAGCACGGAAGACCCGGUAUUGGUGCUACUCACUCUUCCAGGUUCAUUCCUCUCAAGUGAAGAGAUGUCACAAGGGCCCUAUCCUUUUCUCUCAUGUUGAACUUUUGCUUGUUUUUCGGGAUUUUUUUUAAUAUUUAUUUUCUAGUUGAUAUUGCUUUACUUUUAUGAUAUUAGUGAGCAUAACUAUGGAUUCCAAUUUUGUCUAGUGAUGAACUUCCUGGAUUUUGUUUUCUUUA